GCAACCUUUGUGUAUCAACACAAGACUUCUUUCAGUUGUUUCUUGUACCCUUCUUUAAACAAACGCGCUCCCUCAAAGCAUUCUCUUCGGGAGGCGCCUCCCGCCCCCAAGACGUCCACGUCAAUGGCCUUGUCGCCAGGCAGGAGGUCUGUACAGGAGGCGGAGAGGAUUGAGAACGAGUUCAUGGACAGCGACAAAUUCACCUCCCUUGAGGACCUCAAGGAGAAGAUCAACACAGAGAUACCUAGAAAUUACAGAAUCUCCCUGGACAAGGACGCCAUCGAGAAGAACAGGCAGUUUCUCACCCUGUUUACAUACGAGCCCGUGCUGGGACUGAUGCCCGCCAUGGGCAACGUGCUUAGGAUCGGAGAGCCCGGGAGCUUUGUUAUGUCCAAAGAUGGCGUCAAGAUCGCCAACAGAAAGCUGCGCCACAUCUUGCACGGCCACAGAGAUGUCUUCACAAGGGUGAGCCAAGUCACCAAAGCCCUGGCCUUCCUCAACAACUUCAGCAUUGAGGAAACGGACAAGUGUCCUGCAGACGUCACUGUAGAAGAUCUUCACCCAGAGAAGCACGAUCCCCUCCACGUUAAACAGGAGUCUGAGAUGCCGUACAUCAAACAGGAGGCGGAGCCAGAGACCCCCAGCAUCAAGGAAGAAGAACAGGAAGAUGAAAUCCCCAAGUUUCCAAUGAAUGUCAGUGUGAAGAGUGAAGAAGAUGAAUCUCCAAGCGAAGGGAGCGGAGCAAUGAAGUUUCCAAGCGGCGGCUCAUUUCAGCACCUCACACCAAAAGGAGAGGAGCGACCGCAACCGGACAGCCUGUUAGCUCCGCUCUCGGACAGCAACGGCAUAACGUCACACUCUUCUGACUUUAACACUGAUGAGGAGGAUGUUGACUUUGACCAAAAUGCUUCAAAAUCCUUAUACAAGUCCUCAUUGAAAAAAGACUCAAAAGAAUGCGCGGGUGGGAAACCUUUUCCUUGCUCACAUUGUGAUAUUUUUUUCUCUCAGAAAUCUCUCUUAGAAAAGCAUGAGCGCACACACACCGGAGAAAAGCCUUUUAUCUGCACGCUUUGUGGUAAACGAUUCGCCGAGAAGGGAAAUUUAAACCAACACAGAACCACACACACUGGAGAGAAGCCUUUCCCCUGCUCUUUUUGUGAGAAAAGAUUUAGUCGGCAGUCUGUGUUGACCACACACACACGUACACACACUGGAGAAAAGCCUUUUGUCUGCUCAUGUGGUCAAAGAUUCGCUGACAAGGGAAAUUUAAACAAACACAGAAGCACGCACAGUGGAGAGAAGCCUUUCACCUGCACACUUUGCAACAAAAGUUUUUCUCAUAAGACUUCUUUAAAAAAGCAUAAUUGUGCACACACUAGGGAAACGCGUUUUGUUGGCUCAACCUGUGGUAAAAGAUUCGCUCAGAACAGAACUUUAAACACACACGCAAGAACACACACCGCAGAGAAGCCUUUUGCCUGCACAUAUUGCGGUAAAAGAUUCACGGAAAAGGGAGAAUUAAUCAAGCACACAAGCACACACAAUCCAGAGAAGGUUUUCGCUUGCACAUUUUGCGCCAAUUGUUUUUCUCAGAAAUCUCAUUUAGAAAAGCACCAGCGCAUACAUACUGGAGAAAAGCCUUUUGUCUGCACGCUUUGUGGUAAACGAUUCGCAGAGAAGGGAAAUUUAAACCAACACAUAACCACACACACUGGAGAGAAGCCUUUCGCCUGCUCUUUUUGUGAGAAAAGAUUUUGUCGGCAGUCUGUGUUAAGAAGACACACACGUAUACACACUGGAGAAAAGCCUUUUCUCUGCACAGUUUGUGGUAAAAGGUUCAACAAUAAGGGAAAUUUUAACAAACACACAAGAUUACACACUUGAGAGGAGCCUUUCGCCUGCUCAUUUUGCGAGAAAAGAUUCUAUCGGAAGCAUCCAUUUAUGAGACGCACGUACACACAGAAGAAAAGCCUUUUGCACACAUUGUGGUAAAAGGUUCAUCGACAAGGGAAGUUUGAACAUACACACAGUAACUCUUACUGGAGAGAAGCCUUUCGCCAGCUCAUUUUGCGAUAAACGGUUUGUUGACAAGGGAAAUUUAAAAAUUCACUCAAGAUCACACUGGAGAAAAGCCUUUUGCCUGCUCACUUUGCGAUAAAAGAUUUUGUACGAAGCAUCAGUUAACAAGACACGUGAGAAGCUACACUGGGGAAAAAGCUUUCAAUUCCACUGUGUGACAAAGUAUUCUGAUUUCUUCCACCCAUUUACAGUGAAAAACACACUUUAAUUUCCUAAUUGUAUUUCUUUUUAGCGUCUAUUGAGAAAGAUGUUGAAAUGAUUAUGCAGGUCCUGUUCCAUAACUUGAUACUUUUGCUAUUAUACUGCUUUUCGUCAUUUUACCUAUGAAUGCUGGAAUUUUAAGUACUUUAAUUCUGCCUUUCCUUUUGAUGUUAUUUGUUCAAUUUCCAACUUCAUUUGAAUAGUUUCAGGGAAGAUGUCUUUUGUACAUGGUAUUUUGAAAUCUGCUUUAUAAUAAAAUUACUAUAACCUAUUAUAAUUACAAUUUUAAAAAAAUUCUAACUUCUAUGGUGAACUACUUUUAAAACUUUAUAACUUUAGAGUAGUGCUGUAACGAUUAAUGGAUUAACUCUGGUAAUUUGAUUAGAAAAAAAGUUUUGAAUCCAAUUUUACUGCUUCAAGGAUUUGUUUAAUUUGAGUGUUGUGUAAUGGUUUGUUUUGAAAGUUUGCAUUUAGUUUUAUUGAUGUGGAUGGAUAGACUCACUGUCCUCUAGUGGCAACAGUGAAUAUGACAUAACUCAUCUGACACGGCUGGAUCCAGCUGCUCCCUGUUAAGACCCACAUUAGGUUGUAAGUUUUUGUUUGAGCUAAUAUGAUUGUUUAUGCAUUCAUAAUUUAGUUUAUAUGUAUAUUUACGAUUUUUU